AUGACAAUCCCCGCCUGGAAACCCAUUGCAGAUGCAAAGCGCCAGGCAACCCUCGACGCAAUCCCACAGAAAUGGCGGAUAACCGAGCCCAUCCCCUCGCCGGCCGAACAGCGCGAUGUCACGGGUCCCUAUAUCCAGCAGUAUCUGUCCGCGCGCGAGAUCGAAAUCACGGAGCUGGACGCGUAUGCUAUCGCCGAGAAGACUACGACCGGGGAGUGGACGGCCGUUGAAGUUACCGAGGCGUUUUGUCAUCGCGCAGCGCUGGCGCAUCAGUUUGUGAGCUGCCUACACGAGAUCUUUUUCGACGCUGCGAUUGAGGAUGCGAAGAAGCUCGAUGCGUACUUUGCAGAGCAUAAGAAGCCGCUGGGGCCGCUGCAUGGGCUUCCGGUAAGCUUGAAGGAUCAGUUCCACGUAAAAGGGGUAGAGACUACGAUGGGGUACGUCGGCUGGAUCGGUACGUUCCAGGGAAUCAAGGGCGAUGCUCGACGGGGUGUCUUCGAGAGUGAGCUUGUGAGGGAGCUGCGCGCGCUGGGUGCAGUGCUGUACUGCAAGACGAGUGUUCCUGCGACGCUGAUGUGCGGAGAGACGGUCAACAACAUCAUCACCUAUACGACAAAUCCGAAGAACAGGCUGCUCGCGUGUGGUGGCAGCUCCGGGGGUGAGGGUGCCCUGAUUGCGUUAAAGGGGUCACCUGGUGGGUUCGGUACUGAUAUCGGUGGAAGUGUGCGUAUUCCUGCUGUUUUCAAUGGUUUGUUUGGAAUUCGACCCUCGUCCGGACGUAUCCCUUACGAGGGAGCUGCGAACUCCAUGGAUGGUCAGAAUACUAUCCUCUCUGUUAUUGGUCCGCUGGCUGGAACGGCGCGGUCGCUACAGCUCUUGUUCAAGGCGGUGCUCAGCCAACAGCCCUGGCUGUAUGACCCACUGGUGCUGGAGGUGCCCUGGAGGAGCGAUGUCGAGCAAGAGACGCGUGCACUGGUUGAGCAGUCGGCAAACGAUCCUUCGAAGCUCGCUUUUGCGAUCAUGAAGCAUGACGGGAUUGUUCUGCCUCAUCCGCCGAUUGCGAGAGCACUAAACAUCGUGGAGCAAACGCUGAAGCGGCUCGGUCACAAGGUAAGACUUAUCGAGCGAAGCCUUGCAGUUGCUGACGAGUCUAGGUCAUAG